UCCAAAUCACCGCCCCGUAAAAGAAGUUUGAGGAAACAAAUCACUUUGUCUACGACCGUCCCUGCCUUUCGAAAAGCCCACGCAAGAACUUGCGGAGUCCAUUUCCCCCUUGUUUUUGGCGUUCUGGGAGGUUUGCUGGAGGUCUCCCCGUUGUCAUCUUCUGUUUCCAAUCCUCGGCUGAUAGAAAGCGCCCCGUAAAGCAGCAAUAAGGAUGGAACAGUUGAAAGAUGAUUCCAUUGCUGGAACCAGUGAUGAAAAUUCAAAGAUCAAAGAAGAAGUACGAAUUAACAAUGAAUAUGAUUUUCCUGAAAACAUUUCAGCAAUUUGCAAGGAGUUAAGUGUAGAAGAACGAACAUUCAGGGUGAAAUUUGGUGGAAAUGGGAAGAAGUAUCUUGUGAGUGGCUUACUUACUGACAGUAUACUUCAUGCCCUCCGGUCUAGUAAACGUGUUCGUGACUGGAUGGACAGCAAGAAGACAGAAGAGUUCUACUUAAUAGAGAGGAAAGAGUCUUCCGAUGUCUGUGUCAAUCUGGGAAUGCCUUUAAAGUAUGUAUCUGAAAACUCAUUAUUUGAAAUGAAGUCCUACAGGCCGAAUACACAGGGAAUAAAUGAGAACACUAAUGAAGGAUGGUAUCGCCAAUAUGACAAUAGCGAAAAAGAAUGUAUAGUGUUCUAUAUCCGUGGAAUAGGUUCUAGAAUGGAAAACAGUGGAGCACUGAGCCGUAGGUUAAUCAAAAAACCCAGACUACUUAAUGAAUAUUGCGUAUUUUGUAUCUUUGCCCCCAAAGAAGAAUCCAUCAAAGAUGCCCUGUGCAAGGAUGGCCGCUUUCUUCCAUUGCUAAAAGAAGAGGAUUGGGCCCUGAUAAAAGAUGGAACCCUCAUAGAGAACAAAUUUCCAGUUAAUAUAUUAUCAGAUAAAGUUUAUGAAAUUGAGGUGGAGUCUAAGAAAGGUGCCAGAUGUAGUGGUGAUCAAAACAAGAAACUGAAUGAUUUAGAUUUGGAGGAGCAGCAGCUGAGUACCCUUGAAAACCCACAGCCACCUCCAGACUUUGAGGAGGAAGAGCUCAGUGCUUCUAAAAAACAACAGCCAGAGCCGGAUUGUGAGCAGGGACAGCUCAGCACUUCUAAAAAACAACAGCAGCAGAACCUUGAAUGGCAGAUCCUGCAGUUGUAUCCUAAGCUGAAGGAAGCACAAGAAAACAUUGAGAAAUUUUUGACACGUAACAAAAAGGAUUUUGAAGUUUAUAAAAGAGAGUUUUGCAAGGAGAUAAAUGACGUUCUUUCAUUCAAGUUGGUGAAGACUCUUGCUAAAAAGGGUGAUUCAGUUGGCUUUAUAGAAUGGAAGAAUCUUAACAGUGAAGGGUCUGCAACUUGCUUCGUUCUCCAUGGUAGAUAUAUAUUAACGUGUUACCAUGUAAUAAAGUUUAUAGUUGGAGAAGGAAAUGAAGCAAAGGACUGGGGAAAUAUAAUUAAGCAGUCAGCCCGUGUAACUUUCUCUUUUGAAGAAGAGAAACCUGAAGAAAAGUGGUUCUCAUUGGAGAACUGGUUUGAAAUAGCAGAUGCGGAUCUUGAUUUUGCUGUCCUGAAGUUGGAAGAAAAUGAAAAUAAAAGUCGUCAUCCUCCAUCAGGACUGUUGCAAUUACAUUUUCUACCAGAUGCAAACGGUCCCAUUUUUAUCAUAGGUCACCCAAAUGGAGAAAUCAAGUCCAUGGAUAUUUGUCUUGUUGUCAGUAGACUUGACCGUGGCAAUGAAUUUAGCAAUCAUUUGAACAAACGCAAGCAAAUUGAAUGUAGCAAAGAUGUAUGUGGUAAUAGCCCACAGAAUAAGUGCAUCCAUAUGUAUAAUCCAAAAGAUUUUGAGAGAGAGAGAAGUGAUCUUAAUGUUGUCACCUACAAUACCUGUUUUUUAAGAGGGUCAUCGGGUUCACCUGUGUUUACCAAAGAUGGGCAUCUUGUUGCUUUGCAUGCUGCUGGAUUUGCUUAUAAAAUGGGAAGCAAAGAGUGCAGCAUAAUUGAAUAUGGCUAUUUAAUGCAUGAAAUUUUUUCAAAAAUUCAAUCCGAAUUUAAAGAUUGGUAUGAUACUUUAAUUGCUCCUGAGGCAAGGGAAGAUAGCUCACAUGGGGAUGCACGUAUGAGUGAGGCAGCGGAGGAAAUGGAUUGUAGUUCUUAUCAGUCCACUUCUCCAAAAAAUGAAAUUGCUUGAGGGAAAGUUAUCUGCCAAGGUUCUGCUUUCUUUGACAGAUACAUUUAUUUUCAAAUAUACAGGCUGAACAUAGCUGCCACUCUACAUUAAAUUUUUCAACCAAUGCCUCACAGUUUAGUGUCCAUUGCAUUUUUAGAGCUCCCAGUAGCAUACAUUCUUUUGUAGUUGUGUAUUUGUACUUCUUCCUUUAAAAGACACUGUCUUUUAUUAUUUGUGAGAGAAGAAGAGUGGAACUAAAGUGAGAUCGCAGUUGGUGACUUACAAAUUUUCUAGUAUUCUAGCCAAAAUGCUAAGUGAAGGGGGAGUGGGUUAGAUUACUAAGUCACAACUUUACUGUCUAGAGGGAUCAUGUGGAUUUUUUUGAUGGGUUCUCUAAUAGUUUCCAAGUUGCCCAUGCUACUUAUUUAACUGUAAUUUCCUAACUUUGAUCUUAUAUUUCAUAUUUACAAUUUAUGAUUGCCUUAGUCUAUCAUGGCAUGUAAUCAAUAAAGUUUUGGAUUCU